AUGGAUGCACGAGACUACGUCAUGCUUUUACAGGGCAUCCAAGGCCUGAAAGGAGAAAUGGGUCCUCCGGGUCCUCAAGGAGCUGUCGGAGACAAAGGAGACCUCGGCGACGCCGGAAAACAAGGACCUCAAGGACCACCAGGCGUUAUGGGACCUCCUGGCCCCGUGGGACCAUCCGGAGCAAAGGGAGACACGGGGGAACCGGGACUCCCAGGUUCCACGGGACGAGACGGCCUGCCGGGGACCAGGGGACUUCCGGGUCCUCCCGGUCCCAUGGGGCCUCCCGGCGAGGACGGAGACAAGGGAGAAGCCGGCGGUCCGGGAGAGAAAGGUUACAAGGGUUCCAAAGGAGACAACGGGCCACCGGGUCCACCGGGGAAGCAGGGGAUCCCGGGCGCCCCGGGGCCGAUCGGACCCCCGGGGGAACGGGGCCCUCCGGGUCCCAUGGGGCUGCCGGGCCGCAAGGGCGAGGAGGGACCGCAGGGACCCCUGGGGCUGCCGGGACCGGCGGGGCUGCAGGGCCUGCCGGGCCCACCGGGCAUCAAGGGAGACAUCGGGGAUCACGGCAAAGUCGGACCUCCUGGCCCACCCGGGAAACCCGGGGAGUCGGGUCCGGUGGGAAGCAAAGGAGGUGAUGGACUGCCUGGGCCACCUGGACCGGAGGGACUUCAAGGCAUGAAAGGCGAACCUGGAAACCCGGGACCACCGGGUCCACCUGGAAACGACGGAAUUCACGGUGCUCGAGGGCCACCGGGGCCGAAGGGGAGCGAAGGGAAGUCGGGGAUCCAGGGGAGUCCGGGUCCGCGAGGCCCCCCGGGCCCCGAAGGACCAAAGGGCAGCCCCGGCCCCCCCGGCUUCCCAGGCGCCGCCGGAGAUCCCGGCACCCAAGGGCCGAAGGGAGAGCCGGGGACGCCGGGAGACGACGGAGCCGUGGGUCCACCGGGCACUCCGGGACAGGUCGGACCACCGGGCGAGAUGGGUCUGCCUGGAUCCGCGGGGAAAGUCGGUCCAGAGGGUCCGGCGGGUCCCCAAGGGAGUCCGGGGACCCCGGGAGAGAAGGGAGACAAGGGCGCCGUGGGACCAGUGGGGAAAGCGGGGCCGAGGGGCAACCAAGGAAACGCAGGGCCGCCGGGUCCACCGGGGCUCACGGGACAGCCGGGUCCAGCUGGAGACGUGGGGCCGCCGGGGAAGAGCGGAGCGCCGGGGCCCCCCGGGUCCGUGGGGCCGCCGGGUGUCAAGGGAGCAAAGGGCGACCAGGGACGCAGGGGAGAGAAGGGACACAGCGGGGAGAUGGGACCGGCUGGGAUCAAGGGUGACCACGGGGAGAAGGGAGAACCGGGACCCAGAGGUCCCCCUGGGAUACAAGGUCCCAAGGGUGAAAUGGGUCCAACAGGCCUCCAGGGGAUGAAGGGAGCCGACGGACCCCUGGGCAUAACCGGCCCGGAAGGCCCGUCCGGCCAGAAGGGUUCCCGCGGAACAGACGGUCCAAAGGGAGACCUCGGCCCGGCCGGCCCACCCGGCCCCCCAGGCCCACCCGGGGAGCUCCCCCUCAACAUCCCGAUCGAACUGCUCCUGCAGCGAGACGAACCCGCUCGAGUGCGACGACAGACCUCCACCGACCCCAAGAAGCAAUGGAGCGGCUCGGACGACCUCGACUCCAAGCUCAUGGACAUGUACUCGAGCAUAUUCUCCAUGCGGAAGGAGCUGGAGAGGAUCCGGAAGCCCCUGGGGACGAAGGAGAACCCCGUCCGCUCCUGCAAGGACCUUCACUUCGGACACCCUCAGCUCGGCGAUGGUUGGUACUGGAUCGACCCGAACCUGGGGAUGCCAGACGACGCGGUCUACGUGUUCUGCAACAUGACCGGCGGGGGCCAGUCCUGCGUCUUCCCGGACAUGCACGCCUCCAAGAUGCCCAACAUCCCGUGGAGGAAGAACGGGGCGACUGCCACCUGGUUCUCCAAGCUAAGGGGAGGCUUCAAGAUAACUUAUGAAAGCAUCGGUGUGGUACAAAUGACAUUCCUGCGGCUCCUCAGCGAGGAGGUGUUCCAGAACUUCACCUACACGUGUAUCAAUUCGGCGGCGUGGUACAACGCUGUUUCGAACGACUACCAACAAUCCAUCAAGUUGAGAGGGGAUAACGACGAAAUCAUGAGCUACUCCUCGUUCAGACCGAAUGUCAUCUUCGACGACUGCAAGAGCCGUUCCCGGAACAGCAAGACAGUGUUCGAAAUCCGGACCGACAAGCAAGGACGUCUCCCGCUAGUCGACUUCUUUCCGGUGGACUACGGAAUGCCCCACCAAGCGUUCGGCUUCGAGGUGGGGCCGGUGUGCUUCAAGUGAGGGGGAGGACCCCCCGAACAGACCGAAUCCUCCCGACAGAAUCGAUUUCCCACAUACUGCCAAAGUGACAACACUGCCAGCUUAGUUGUUAACAAAAUAGUGUCCACAAAGAUGAACGUUAUAUUUCCGUCAUGUCUCUCCUGUCCGUGCCAUCAAAAUCUGAUGAAAAGGAAAUUCAAUGGGUGACAUUCGAUGACAUACUCUUUAAAAAUAUGCAA